UUAAAAAUUUGCUUGAAUCGAAUGUCACUGUUGGUUUCCAAUACUGUUUCCUAGUAGAGUUAUACCAAAUGUUUUAAAAAAUAAACAGAGUUAGGAAACACCAACUGGGAAAAACCUGAAAUGUUAAAAUAUUAGCUUUUUUAUCCAGGACCCUUUAAACAAGGAGGCAAAAUUCAAAAGUUUUUUGCAUAGUCUAGUGCCACUUUCUAUAAAACAUCUGAUGUGUGUGUGUGUGUGUGUGUGUGUGUGUGUGUGUGUGUGUCCGAAGAAAUCUGGGAGGGGCAUAAUCUACGGAGGCCCCUCCUGUCCCAUUGAUAACACGUUCAUUCACAGUGAGCCUUCUAAUACAGACUAAUCCCCCAGGCAGACAUUCACACUACCCUAAUAGGCUCCUCACCUCAAGCAGAACUCGGUCCCAGGGAUGCUCUUUGCGGGUCCCCUCCUCCGCUGAAGCUGUCUAGGUCACCGAAUGACCGGAGCAUCUCCCAGCGGCAGAGAUCCCAGGCGAUGAGGUUUCCCGGGCUGGCUUUCCGCCCCCUGCUGCUCCUCGGUUGCUGCCUCCUCGGGGCAUCGACAGCCAGGAAGAACAAGGAUAGCACACGGGGAGCGGCCGAGUCGGUCCCCGGCCCCGCGGGGGGCUCCUCGGGGCGCUUCUCCAACCCCGAGCAACAUGCGUGUAGCUGGCAGAUCCUGCUGCCGGCCCCCGGGGACUCGGCCGCUCCGGGCGCCGAGGGAGCCGGCGCGGGCAGCGAGCUGGCGGUGAGCUGCCAGAGCCCGGACGGGUCGCACUACCAGUGCGCCUACCGCGGGGAGCCGCAGCGCUGCGCCGCCUACAACGCCCGGGGCCCGCAGUACUGGAAGCAGGUGGUGGGGAAGCUGCGCAAGAAGCGGCGGCCCUGCCACGACCCGGCUCCGCUCAAAGCUCGGCUUUGUGGCGGCAAGAAGGGCCAGGGGGCCGAGCUCCACCUGGUGAGCCGGCCGCUCGACGCCGCCAGCGCGGGGGCCAGCUCUGCCGCCACCGCGCUCCCCGGAGAGGGCAAAGGCAGGAGCAAGGGCCGCUCCAGGGGCCACGGCCGUGGCCGGGAGCCCGCCCCCGGGGCUGAGGAAGGACCGAGCCUUCCCCGAGUCCCGCCGCCGUCGGGGACACCGGCCCUGGGCGGCGUGGCUAAAGAGAAGGGGCUUGGGAAGAAGGGCAGCGGGGGCAAGCGCAAAGAGACUCCGCCAUCGGACGAGGAGAGACCCAUGGAGGCUGGGCCAGCCCCGGGGGGCCCGCUGGAGUUUAACGAAGAGUUGACAGAGACCUACUGUGCAGAAAAGUGGCACUCGCUGUGCAAUUUCUUCGUCAACUUCUGGAAUGGCUGAGCCGAAAUACGGCUGGGGA